AUGUGCAAGAAUCUCUACAUACAUUUCACCCUCUGCGGGUGCCACCUCCUAGUUCAAGACUACCGCUGCAGGUGUUCAUCCACCCAACCGAAGAGCCGCGUCUACGAAAAACUGGCGCAAUGCGACUACCACCACUCUUGGUACCGUCGCCGCUGGCGCAAAAAGCCAUCCUACUCGGAGUAUCUUAGCUGGGUCAAGAUGCUCAGAGGCUCAUCGCCCCACGAGGAGGAGAGCCGCAAAGACGACGACGGGGGCGCUGAAGAGCAAAAGUCAAAGACGAUGAACAGAAAACGAACAAUCCCGAGCUCGUCCGAGGACGAAUCGGCCGCCGUCAGGACAAAACGGCAGCGCAGAGACAACAGCGGUAGCAAAGACACCGCCGACAAGCACCAUAAAGACGGAGACGCGGAGACGAGUUCGGACGCGGAGACGAGUUCAGACGCGGAGACGAGUUCGGACACGGUCAACGCCCUAUUCGAGAGAGGAUCCGCCGCCAGCCGACGAGCGGAGAGAUGGAGCAGAGCUUUUGAAGUAAGGGUUCUUGACAGCGACCAGCACAGCGACGAGUUUGCGCUUUCGGAUGUCGUCGACGCAGUGGUGAGGUUUUCUCGGCGGCCGGGUGACGAGGGCUACUCGUGGUCGGAUGAGUGCGGCGAGUAUGGGUUACUCGACGUUGAUUGA